AUGUCGGCAUUAAUUAAGAUUUUAGAAAACACGAAUGAAGUUGGUUUUUGUUCACGUAUAGUAAAAUUGCAAGGAGGAAAAUAUGAAAAAAAUUCAAAAAAGGAUGAGAAACAAAAGGAUAUAGUUAAUCGACCUAGAAAAUGGCUCGAUUAUUUCAAUGAUAUAGUAAAAGACGAGUUAAAAGAUACAAUUUCUAAUAAAUAUGAUAUAAUAAAUAAUAACUCAGAAAUAAUUAUUCCUUUAUUAAAAAAUCAUAUUAACUGUGGGUUGUUAUUAAAUAACCCUUUUGAUUUUCAACUAAAUGCAAAGAAUGCAUGGUACGAAGAAAAAAAGAAGACAAUAAAAGAUCCAUCAAAGAAAAAUAUGUAUUUAAAUAUGCAAAGAGGCACCUUUUUAAGAGGAAAAAGAAUAAAAAAUAAUAAAAUAACUUUUGACGAUUUAAUAUGGGACACUAAAUUAAAAAAAUAUGUUAAUAUACAAGAUCCACAAUGUCACAAAGAUGUAAAUAAUCUACAUUAUACAAAACAAGCUUAUAAUGAAUUAAUUCAUGAAAAAAAAAAUAAAAUUUUUAAAAAAAUUAAUAAAAAUAAUGUGAUAGAAUUUAAAGAACAAAAACAGAAUGCCUCCUUAAAAAAUCAUAUGGAUUUAAAAAACAGUUGUCCAAAUAAAUUAGGUUACCAAGAAAGGGAUGAGAGAAUACGAAAUAACAGUUUUUGGCUAUGUGGGUUUAAUAAUUGUGAUCGAAGAAAUAAAAAAAGUAAUAAUAAGAAUGCUCAAAUUGGUGAUUCACGUACCUAUAUAGGUGGUGAUAAAAAUAGUUGUGAACAUAAUUAUGUCCAUAGUUCUGAUGAAAAUAUAAUUAAAAAAGUGUUUGAACGAGAUUUAAGUACAAUAGAAUGUGAAGUAGAAAAUGAAAUUAGAUUUCAAUCAGAGUCUAUUAAAAAUGUAUUAAUAAAAGACAAAUAUGAUAAUAUUACAAUGAUACAAGAUAAAGAAUGUGGCAAAAUAAAAUUAGUUGCUAAUAAAAAUAUUGAAAUCGGAGAUGUUAUAUUUAUUGAAAAUUGUUUUUUAGAAACUUCUAUUGACUUAGAUGACUUAUGGACAACAUUUAAUUCUCUAAAUAAUGAACAGAAGGUAAAGUUAAACUAUAUUACAGAAUUUAUUAAUAUAAAUAAAAAGAAUAAAAAAAAAGACAUUGAAAAAUAUCAUCAAAAUAAAAAUCGUUAUAUAUCAUAUCAAGACCGAGCUAAAAGUAACUAUGAAAAUGAUUAUAUUUUAGAUAGACCUUUUAAUUUUGAAGAAAAAGAAGAAGGAAAUAUUUAUAAACAUAGUUUCCCUAAUAUAAGUUUUUCUGAAAAUUAUGUACCAAAAAUGGAUAGUGAAAAAAUAAAUUUAACAAGAGUAGAAUCUUCUAAAGCGGACUUUUUCAAAAGAGAAACAACAGAUGACGAUCAAUAUAUUAAUAAUUUAAUAAAAUUUGAAAGCUUUACAGAUAUUUUAAAAAAUUCUUUUAUUUCACCAAAAGACAAAAAUAAUAUACUUCUUUUUAAAAAGGCAUAUUUUAUAAACCAUAGUUGUUUUCCAAAUAGUAGUUAUUGCUUUAUGGAUAAUAAUAAAAUAUGUUUUAUAGCGAUGAGAAAAAUAAAUAUGUAUGAUGAAAUUAGUAUUUCUUUUAUUAAUGAAUUAUAUGCUUCUAUCGAAUAUAGAAAACAGAAGUUAAGUGAUAUUAAAAAUAUAAGCUGCUCGUGUAAUAGGUGUCUGCAAAUUAUCGAUGAAAACAGAAAUAUAUUAUGUUCAUUUUGCAAAUAUGUAUAUGUUAAGAAAAGAGUUGACGAACAAUAUAAAAAAGCGAUGGAAAUUAAAAAUGAACUUUUAUUAGAAAAUGAAAAAUAUAAAUUGGGAGGCCAAUUAGUUGGAAAUUUUGAGGUUAAUACGUUAGGGCAAACUCCUAAAAAAACAAAAUCAGUGGACAACGGAAAUAUACAGAGGAAAGAAAUAAAUGACAAUAUUUAUAUGAGUAAAAUAAAUUAUUUAAAAUCUCCGAAUAAGAGAAAUAAUAUGUCUGAUAAUAUACAAUAUUUAAACAUAAACAAUUAUGCAUGCCAAAAUGAAUCACUUAAAGAAUAUAAAAAGGAAAAUGAAAAAAAUAAAUAUUACAAAAAUCAAACAUAUAGUGACAAUCUGUGUGAAGUAGUAAAAGGGAUAAAAAAUAAUCCAAGUUCAUUCCCCGAAAAAAUUAACAAUUAUAUCUCAGUUUCACCACAAGGAAAUAAUAGAAUAUGUAAUAAUGAAAACACAUUUGAAAAAGAUUAUCAUAUUUUUCAAAAAUCAGACCUUUUAAAUUCGGCACUUUUGGAUAAUAAUUCUGAUGAUGCUAAAAGGGAAAAUGAUCUGCAAGGAAAUUAUAAAUUGUCCAAGGUUAGUAGCUUAGAAAAUAAUAUAAAUUUAGAUAGCAAUUUAUUAGACAUUUUAAAUACAAAAAAUGUAGAAGAGCAAAUAGGAUAUUGUAAAUUGCAUAAUAAUAAUACAUGGAAAUGUGAUAGAUGCAUAGAAAAUAUUUCUGAAUAUUCAAUACCACUAUCAAGCGAAGCAUUAUUUAUAAAAGAGUAUACAAUUAUAAAGGAAAAAAUAAAUAAUGAGAAAUUUGAUAUUGAAUCUAUUAUAAGUAAAAUAGAGAAAUCUUUAUUAUAUGUCAUAGCAAUAUUAGGAAAAAAACAUUGGCUAUAUGCAGCAUUUAAUUAUUUAAUAGCAGAUUUAUGUUUCUCUCUAUGUGAUAAUAAUCACAUUGAUUGUAGUGGCUAUAAUAAUUGCAGUCGUUGUAAAGUUCAUAAGAAAUGUGACAUCCCAAGUAAAGAAAUACUUUUAAAAGGCUUUAAAUCAUUUCAUAAUUUUUUAUAUUUUAUCCAAAUAAAUUGUCCAUAUACAAUUCAUACCGAUUUGGUACCACUCGUUUUGAAAUUUUUAAUAAUAUUGAUAUAUACAUAUAAUUAUGAGUCGUUUUAUGAUUUUGCAAAAUCAGGAUUCUUAGAACUAAUUAAGCAGAAAUAUGGUGCAUGGGAUAUAUCAUAUAUCUCUUUGUUAUAUUCAUUCAAAAUAUGUUGUGAACAAAUUAAUAAUUCAGGCCCACAAAAUAUAAAAAUACUUUUUUCAUUAGCUGAAUUAUCCAGAAUUAAUAUGAACACGAACCAUUUUUAUUGA